AUGCGUGGCGCCCUUUUCUCGCUGGCGGCCACGGCCUUGAUCGUUGGUGGUGCGUCGGCAGGCCGUAUGCUUGACGGAAGCAUCGCCGUCGACCGCGCUGCCAGUGACAACGUCACGUAUGACUACAUUGUCAUUGGCAGUGGUCCCGGUGGUGGUCCGCUGGCGUGCGAUCUUGCGCGCGCCGGAUACUCGACGCUGCUCAUCGAGGCCGGCGACGACCAGGGCGACAACCCCGUCUACUCGGAGCUGGCUAACUUCAACACGGCUGGCAACGACCCGGACUCGCGCUGGGAUUUCUGGGUCAAGCACUCGGACGACCCCGUGCGCGAAAUGGCGUUUGCCCACUACACCUACCGCACCACCAACGGCUCUUUCUAUGUCGGCACGGAGCCGCCCGCCGGAGCCACGCCGCUCGGCAUCCAGUACCCGCGGGCCGGCACACUCGGCGGCUGCGCCAUGCACAACGGCGGCGUGUGCUCGCUGCCCGCGGACGAUGACUGGAACAUCGUCGUCAACAUGACGGGCGACACGAGCUGGGAGGCGCCCAAGAUGCGCAAGUACCUGGUGAAAGUCGAAAAGAACCAGUACCUGCCGACCGGCACCGAGGGCCACGGUUUCGACGGUUGGCUGGCGACGGCGGUGCAGCCGACCCGCUGGGCGCGCGACAUCGCGCUGCCGGCGACGCGCGUCCUGAAACAGAUGGCCGCGCUGACGGGCCAAAACGCCAGCGACGUGGCCAACCUCGUCGACAAGGACAUCCUGGGCGACUACCCGCACAAGGACACGUUGUCGAGCUUCUAUAACAUGGCCCAGCACCAGGACAAGGGCGGCAAGCGCUCGAGCCCCAACAACUACAUCAAGGCCACGCUCAAGGAUCCCAAGAACUACCCGCUGAUGGUGCGGCUGAACACGCUGGCGACGCGUGUUCUCUUUCAGCAGCCGCACGCCGGCAACGCGACAAGCCGUGUCGAGGGUACUGGUGUGGGAGCUGGUGCUGCCCUUCCUGUCGCGCGCGGCGUCGAGAUUAUGUCCGGCGCGUCGCUGUAUCUCGCCGACCCCCGCCACACCAACGCCAACGUCACCAAAAAGGGCCCCGUCUCCAAGGUCUGGGCCCGCCGGGAGGUCAUCGUCUCUGGAGGCGCCUUCAACAGUCCCCAGAUUCUCAAGCUCAGUGGUGUCGGCCCGGCCGCCGAGCUGUCGAAACUCAGCAUCCCCAUUGUCAAGGACUUGCCCGGUGUCGGCGAGCGCCUCGCCGACAAUUAUGAAGGCAGCCUGCUUGCCCUCGGCCAGCAGCCAGUCGGCGGAGGAUUCAUCACUCUCCUGUUCAAGACCCCCAACGCCGAUGGCCCCAACCGGAACAUCUUCACCUGGUGCGGCGCCUUUUCCUUUGAAGGUUUCUGGCCCGGCUUCCCGACCGAUUACGGUCCGAACGAGUACGAAUGCGCCAUGGUCCUCAUCAAUCCCCACAGCCAGGCUGGCACUGUCAAGCUCGCAAGCGCCGACCCGCAGGUUCCCCCCGAUAUCAACCUCAACUUCUUCCUCAAUAACGGCACCGAAGACCUCCAGCAUCUCGCCGACGCCGCCAAGCUCCUGCGCACCGCUUGGCAGGCCGCCGGCGAUCCCGUCUUGCCCUUCAAUGAGAAGCACCCUUGCCCGGGCACCGGAGCCGGCAACUGCACCGACGAGGCCCAGCGCGCGCUCCUCAAGACACAGGCCUACUCCCACCACGCAAGCAGCUCCUGUGCCAUUGGCAGCGACACCGAUCCGCUUGCCGUCCUCGACUCCAAGUUCCGUGUCCGCGGCGUCCAGGGCCUGCGCGUCGUUGACGCCUCGGCGUUCCCGCGUGUGCCGGGCGCGUUCCCUGUGCUCCCGACAAUCAUGCUCUCGGCCAAGGCCGCCGAAGAAAUUCUGGCGGACGCCAAGAAGUAG